AUGAGCAUUAGAACAACUGUUAGCGGUUUGUUGGGCAUAGGAGUUGGUACAGGUAUUGCUUCCUUUUUUUGGAAUGGUAGUAGUAACAGUGGUGGUACACCUACAUCUACCGAAACACCCGUUAGUAGUGGAAACCUACCAAGUCAGCCAUUGCCAAAUGAUAAGUUGAGACUAGUUGGUUCUAACGUUGAUCCAUCAAGCUUUUUCCAGUAUGGAUUUCCAGGUCCCAUUCAUGAUUUGCAAAACAGAGGAGAGUUUAUUUCUUGUUACGAUCGUUGUAAGAGAAAUCCGUAUUGGGUUCUUGAACAUGUUACAUCAGAAUCUAUAAGUGUUUCUAAUGCUGACCGUAAAAAUUCAGUAUUCAAAGAAGAUGAACAAAUCCCAGAAAUUUUCAGAGGGAAAUUAAAGGAUUAUUUUAGAUCUGGGUACGAUAGAGGACAUCAAGCGCCAGCUGCUGACGCUAAAUAUGAUCAGAAAGCAAUGAAUGAAACCUUUUACUUGACCAAUAUGUGCCCACAAGUUGGUGAUGGUUUUAAUAGGGAUUAUUGGGCACAUUUAGAGUAUUUUUGUCGUCAAUUGACUAGUAGUUAUGACAGUGUUCGUAUCGUUACUGGACCAUUAUAUUUGCCUAAAUUGGACCCAAUCGACGGAAAAUAUAAAGUUACUUAUGAGGUAAUUGGAAAUCCACCAAAUAUUGCUGUUCCAACACAUUUUUUUAAAUUGAUUGUUGCAGAGUCGCCUAAAAAACAAACAAACAAUGAUAACAUAUCCGUAGCCGCAUUUGUUUUACCAAAUGCCCCUAUUCCAAAUGAGACAAAAUUAACUGAUUUUGAAGUUCCAGUUGAAGCUUUGGAGAGAAGCUCUGGUUUACAAUUUUUGACCAAAGUUCCUGAAAAAAAGAAGAAAGAAUUAUGUAAAGAAGUUAAAUGUCAGAUUGUUGUUAGAGAAUUUCAAAAAGCCCUACCCAAACCAAGUAAGCCAUUAUCUUUACCUUCGCCUAAAGGCAUUUGA